UCAUUACAUGUUCAGACUAAUUGCAGCCUGUGAAACAGAUAUUUGAUCACAGGUGCAGACACAGAAAGAUACAUGAAGCACUCAAUCCAACACGAAAAAACGAGUCUUUAAACGUGGCGGGGUUACUAAUCGCACUUGCAUCAUUGUGCGACAUUGUCCGUGUCCUUGCGCUGCCCAUCCGCGUCACCAAAACGUCCCUUGAAGGCACAAAUAGGAAAAGACGCAGGUGGAGAUGUAAACACGGAUGUCGCUGUCAUUCUCAUUUAAUCAAACAUCCGGAUCAAAUAUAUCUAGGUUACCGUGGGUAUUCGUAGGUCUUGUAAUUUUGAAGAACGUUAUUAUCGCGUGUUAGAAGAAAAGAUCACCGUCAGUCUCACUCUCUAUAAUGUACGUUGUUGACGCUCUCGGCUUUUCACAUCCCAGUAAUCUGGUUAGACUGUUUUUUUGUAGUCAUCCUUGUCUACUUGACAUCUAGCCUAGCUCGAGUACUCUGUAGGAGAGCGAGACCACCGGAGAAAUACCGACCGCUGACCUUGACCAGAUGGAUAUCACGAGGCUCGCUGUGGACGCGGGCGCGUUUAUCAACCGAGCUGUUCAGUAUACAGAAGAAGCUCUUGGGCAGGCUGAGAAGACAGAGUUGGACAGCCGGUUGGAGAGCCUUUUAGACCGCGCAGAGUCAACCAAGACUUGGACAGACAAAAUAAUCUCACAGACUGAGACUUUACUGCAGCCUAACCCUGGAGCUCGUCUAGAGGACCGGCUCUAUAAAGGACUGGAUUGGAGCGCUCCCCAGAGGCCAACCCCUCAGGAGCUGCUGAGUGAAAAUAUGAUCAAUGCUGCUCUGGAGCUGGGACAACACACACCUUACGGGAGUACUCUGAUUAAGUGUGGGGAGUUAGAGAGGCAGAUUGGGAUGGCGAAUAAAAAGCUGAUCCAGAGUACAUCCAUCAACUUCCUGUCUCCUCUACGGAUGUUCACAGACGAGGAGUGCCCUGUUAUACAGAAUGAGCGCAGGCAGCUGGUGAAUAAGUGGUUAGAUCUGGACAUUGCCAAGUCCAGGCUGAGGAAGGCCCAGGAAGUAGAAAACGAGGCCAGGGGUCUGAAUGCUGACCCCUUGGGAGAGGAUUAUGUUGCACACGUUUCCUACAUGUUCAGCUUCUUACGAGUCCGAUGGCAGAAGAUGUGGGCUCAGGAAGUGUCUCAGGCUGAGAUGGAGCUGAGGAUCUGUCAAAGUCUGUUUGACCGGCAGUCAGAGAUCACCAGAUUACUGCUGGAGGGAAUCAACCCUACACACGCGGCCCAUCUGAGGAGUCUGGUUGACUUUGUGGAGGCCCAAGCCAGUUACUACGCUCAGUGUUACCAGCUCACACAGGACCUACGCAUGCAACUGGCCAGUGGUCCUUCUCUCGGCUACAACAACAACUGGCCCUUAGAAACCAACGAACCAUCGACACGUAACCUGCCUAUAGCAACCAUCCAGCCUUUAGCAGCCUGCGGGUCUUUGAUAACCAAUCACACAACUUGCCAAUCCCUACCAACCAACCAGGCAAACAGCCUAUCCUUAGUGACCAACCAGGCAUCUGAUGACUCGACAGCCAACGAGACCUGGACAGCCAUCUCAACAUCCAGUCAAGCCAUGGUAACCCCCAGGGCCUUUACAAGCAACCCGGUAACCCUCUAAUUUAGUUUAUUAAAAAAAACAAAAUCACAAGACAAUGUGUGAAGGAUGACAGAAGACUCGAAUACAUAUCAAAUGUUGUCUGUGACGCCUCAACAACGAACAAACCAACUCCUGACAAUCAGCCAGACAAGCAGCCAGUGUCCAGCAAGCAAGCCGAACCGCCUGACUGUUGAACUGUGUUCUACAUAUUGUGUGUGAGUGGUGAACAGUUCGUUCAGCCACAACGUCCGUUACCUGUUUCUAAAUGAAGGCAAGGCUCCGAGUGGUCACUCACAAACUACAGCAGGCUUUAAUUCAGUGCUAUUGAUUGGUGCGCUGACAUUUACUGUGUUGUUGUUAGAGCCAGCCUGACACAGGAGUGUCGGCUAGUGCAAGACCAUAAUGCAUUGCUAAUGCCACUGUUGAUAGUGAUUAAUUCAAUGUUGGUAUCUACCUUCCAUAAGUUGUAGUUAUCUGUUGGAACACCAAUGGAGGCUACUUUGUAAAGGUGGUGAACUUUACAUGACUAUAUGAUUAUCUUAAUGUAUACCAUAGGCUACUAUAUAGUAUCUGGUGGUAAUUGAGGUGUAUAUUUUGAAAUGAUUGACUCUAUUCUGAGCUUGGUGGGACAUAGCUGUGUUAACAUGACGUGGCGUGUUCGUAACCUGAUCGUAGGAUGUCAUGGCAUAACACGGCGUAACCUGAUCAUAGGAUGUCUUUUGUUGCAUAUUGUAAUAAAUGUCUCCUAUUGUCAGUCUUUGUGCUUCUGUUUCUGUACCCAGAAUUAGUUUCUCUUGUCCGUCAUUGGAUAGCUUUAGAGUUAG